AUGGAGCAGCAGGAGCAGCCCACAGCCCCCACAGCCCCCAUCCCUGAAGGCGACUGCCAGGCUGUGGUACGGCACACCCAGGUGCUGCUGCUGGCCGGUGAGACGUGGAUGCCACAGUGUGCCUGCGCUGCCCGCACCACCGUCGCCCACGAGGCUCUGUCCUUCGCUGCUGGUGGCCCCCUGGCUGCCCAGCUCAUCUUCUUCCUCUGCCGGCCCGCAGCGCUGGAGGCAGAGGCCGGGCGGCUGAGGGCAGCGCUUGGGGCCUUGCGGGAGCAGCUCUGCGGUGCCCCUGGUGCCCUGGUUGGUGUCGUGGUAGAGCCACAGCCCACAGAGGAGGUGACGGCACGGCAGGCGCUGGAAGCCUUGCUCUGCGAUGUCUUUCGCAGUGCUGAUCCCAGUGGCCAGACCCCGCUGGAGCUGCACACGGCUGUCUUCUGCCCUGGUCGCCCCGACAGCACCCUCCAGGUGCAGAGAGCCGCCUGCAGUGGCCCGAGGGAGGACCUGCUGGUGACGACGGUGCCAGGCAUGUCUGGGUCAGGCGGUUCGAUUGUCUUGUGCUACUUCGGUUAUGCACUCUACUCCAUAAAUCCUGUUUUCCUGAGCUGCUGCCUCUACAGAGAGUAUGAAGCACGGUUAGAGAGAUACAGUGAACGAAUAUGGACGUGCAAAAGCACAGGAAGCAGCCAGCUGACGCACAAAGAAGCUUGGGAGGAGGAGCAGGAAGUUGCUGAGCUCUUGAAGGAGGAGUUCCCCAUCUGGUAUGAAAAACUAGUGCUGGAGAUUGUCCACCACAAUACCGUAUCGUUGGAAAAGUUGGUGGAUGCAGCUUGGCUGGAGAUCAUGACCAAAUUUGCAGUGGGAGAAGAGUGUGACUUUGAGGUUGGUAAGGAGAAAAUGUUGCCUGUGAAAGUUUUAAAAAUUCAUCCCCUGGAGAAAGUAGAUGAAGAGACCUCUGAAAAGAAAUCGGAGGGAGCCUGUGACUCCCCAUCCAGUGACAAAGAGAACUCCAAUCAGGUAGCCCAGGACAACCAGAAGGAAUCUAUUCUGAAGGAGGAUGACAACAGGAGGGAAAGUAUGAAUGAUCGAGCACGUAGGUCUCCUCGGAAGCUUCCUACUUCUUUGAAGAAGGAAGAAAAGAAGUGGGUUCCACCUAAAUUCCUACCACACAAAUAUGAUGUGAAGCUGAAAAAUGAAGACAAGAUCAUCAGUAAUGUACCAGCAGAUAGUUUAGUCCGUACAGAGCGUCCUCCCAACAAGGAGAUCCUGAGAUACUUCAUCCGUCAUAAUGCGCUACGGGCUGGCACAGGCGAGAAUGCCCCAUGGGUAGUGGAGGAUGAGUUAGUGAAGAAAUACUCUCUCCCCAGUAAAUUUAGUGACUUCCUGCUUGAUCCACAUAAGUAUAUGACUCUCAACCCAUCAACCAAGAGGAAGAGCUCUGGAUCACCGGACAGAAAACCUUCCAAGAAAUCUAAAGCUGAUGGAUCAUCCCUAGGUCAGCCACUGAGCCCUACUCUGUGGUGUCACGUACACUUGGAGAAAUCUAUUAUUGGGUCUCCGCUGAAAGUAAAAAACUCUAAGAACUCAAAAUGUCCCAAAGAGGAGUUGGAAGAAGUGAUGAAAAUAGUGUCACCUGGUAAACUUGGCUCUAACUUUCACAUUCCAAAGAGGAGCCGAUUGGGAAAGGGCAGCAACAAAUCCUUGGACAAAAAGCAGAGAGGCAAAAGGGUUUUAAACGGGCAGAAAUCAUCUGGGAAAUCAAAGUCUCCUAGAAAAGGCUUGAAGACUCCGAAGAUGAAGAUGAAACAAAUGACACUACUGGACAUGGCCAAAGGUACCACUAAGGUGUCCAGGGCUCCCAGGAAUUCAGGAGGCACCCCUAGGUCUUCCAGCAAACCCCAGAAACAUCUGCCUCCUGCAGCACUCCAUCUCAUUGCCUAUUACAAAGAAAACAAAGACCGAGAAGACAAAAAAAGUGCCCUUUCCUGCAUCAUCUCCAAAACAGCCAGGUUACUCUCAAAUGAGGAUCGUGCCCGUCUCCCUGAAGAUUUGCGAGGAAUAGUACAGAAACGCUAUGAGCUUCUAGAGCACAGGAAGAAGUGGGCCACCAUGACAGAGGAGCAGCGAAAGGAAUAUCUGAAGAAGAAAAGGGAGAAGCUGAAAGAGAAACUGAAGGAGAGAGCGAAGGAGCGGAAGGAGAAGGAGAUGAAAGAAAGACUGGAAAAACAGAAAAGAUAUGAGGACCAAGAUAUUAAAGGGAAGACCUUGCCUACUUUUAAACUGGUUGAUACUCCAGAAGGACUUCCUAAUACUCUCUUUGGGGAUGUAGCCAUGGUGGUAGAAUUCCUGAGCUGUUAUUCUGGGUUAUUGAUGCCAGAUGCUCAAUAUCCUAUUACAGCAGUUUCUCUGAUGGAAGCACUUUGUGCAGAGAAAGGUGGCUUUCUUUACUUGAACCGAGUACUGGUCAUUCUUCUGCAGACCCUGCUGCAAGAUGAAAUUGCUGAAGACUAUGCUGAGUUGGGAAUGAAGCUUUCUGAAAUACCACUUACUUUGCAUUCUGCUUCUGAGUUGGUCCGCCUAUGUUUACGCAAGUCAGAUGUACAAGAGGAGAGUGAGGUCUCGGAUAAUGUUGAUGAAAGCAAGGAUUCAGCCACUUUUGAAGAUAACGAAGUACAGGAUGAGUUUUUGGAGAAACUGGAGACAUCAGAGUUCUUUGAGCUGACUCCUGAAGAGAAACUGCAGAUACUGGGAGCGCUGUGCCAUCGGAUUCUAAUGACUUAUUCAGUGCAGGACCAUGUGGAGGCCAAGCAGCAGAUGUCAGCUGAGUUAUGGAAGGAGCGCCUAGCUGUCCUGAAAGAAGAGAACGACAAGAAGAGAGCAGAAAAACAGAAGCGAAAAGAAAUGGUGGCCAAGAACAAGGAGAAUGGGAAGGAUGAGAAUACAAUGGGAAGGAACGACAAGAAAAAAAAUGAGAUGGUGAAAAUAGAGCACCGGCUAGAAAUAGAAGCUGAUGAUAUGAUCAGCGCUGUGAAGAGCAGACGCCUUCUUGCCAUCCAAGCCAAGAAAGAGAGGGAGCAACAAGAAAGACAAAUGAGAGUAAAGAUGGAGAAAGAAGCAGAGGAAGAAAGAAUCCGGAAGCAUAAGGCUGCAGCUGAGAAAACUUUCCAGGAUGGAAUUGCCAAAGCGAAGCUGGUGAUGCGCAGGACACCAAUUGGCACUGAUCGUAAUCAUAACAGGUAUUGGCUGUUUUCAGAUGAGGUUCCUGGCUUGUUCAUUGAAAAAGGCUGGGUACAUGACAGUAUAGACUACAGAUUCAUCCUUCCCCAUCAGAAAAAGGAGGAAGCAAGAAAGGACUACAGCCCAGUAGAUAAGCGGAAGAGCACAGCCACGGAUGGCAGAGUGAGCCUACUUCAUAGGUCUAUGCAUGUUGCAGACGUUCCUGCAGAGACCACUACACCCAAACAGGGACAGAACUUGUGGUUUCUCUGUGAUAGUCAGAAAGAGUUGGAUGAGCUGCUAGACUGCCUGCACCCACAAGGAGUAAGAGAGAGUUUGCUAAAGGAGCGUCUGCAGAAAAAGUAUCAGGACAUCACACAUUCUAUCCAUUUGGCUCGAAAACAGAACCUGGGCCUCAAAUCCUGUGAUGGUAACCAGGAACUGCUGAACUACCUCCGAAGUGAUCUAAUUGAGGUUGCAACCCGGCUGCAGAAAGGAGGGCUGGGAUAUGUUGAUGUGACACCAGAAUUUGAAGCUAGAAUAUACUCACUGGAGAGCUUGAAGGAUUUUGGAGAGUGUGUGGUUGCACUCCAAGCUGGUGUUAUUAAGAAGUUUCUGCAAGGCUUCAUGGCCCCCAAGCAGAAGAGAAGGAAACAUCAAGGAGAGGACUGCGUUGCCAAGGCUGAGGAGAUAGAUGAAGAAAAGAAAAUGGCAGAAGAAGCCAAGGUUGCUUCAGCUAUGGAGAAGUGGAAGACAGCAAUCCGUGAGGCCCAGACCUUCUCCCGUAUGCAUGUGCUGCUUGGGAUGCUGGAUGCCUGUAUCAAGUGGGAUAUGUCAGCAGAGAAUGCAAGAUGCAAAGUGUGUCGCAAGAAAGGUGAGGAUGACAAGCUGAUCCUGUGUGACGAGUGUAACAAAGCCUUCCACCUAUUUUGUCUGAGACCAGCACUCUAUGAGAUACCAGAUGGUGAAUGGCAGUGCCCAGCUUGUCAGCCAUCUACUGCCAGACGCAGCUCACGGGGCAGGAACUAUACAGAGGAUUCUGCUGAAGAUGAAGGUGAAGAAGGUGAGGAAGCUUCUGAUGAACAAGAUGCUGAGGAGGAGGAGGAGGAGGAAGAUUAUGAAGUUGCUGGACUGAAAUUGAGACCCAGAAAGCCAGCCCGGGGCAAGCAGAGCACAACCAUGUACUCUUCGAGGCAGGGAAGGCACCAAAGGAAGAAGCAGUCGCUGCACUCUGCCAGGGGACCCGGGCAGCGGGCUGCACCUGUCAAUGGAGCAGACAUUGACGAGCUGGUCCUUCAAACGAAGAAGACUGCACGUCGCCAGAGCCUCGAAUUGCAGAAAUGUGAGGAAAUCCUCAGCAAAUUGAUCAAGUAUCGCUUUAGCUGGCCCUUCAGGGAGCCAGUGACCACAGAGGAAGCCGAAGAUUACUUUGAGGUCAUCAGCAACCCUAUGGACUUCCAGACUAUGCAGAGCAAGUGCUCUUGUGGCAAUUACCGCUCGGUGCAAGAGUUCCUCUCUGACAUCAAGCAGGUGUUCUCCAAUGCCGAGCGCUACAACCAGAACGGGAGUCACGUACUGUCCUGCCUGGAGAAGACAGAACAGUGUUUGAUUGACAUGGUGCACAAACAUCUGCCUGGCCACACAUAUGCACGCAGGAAACGCAAGAAGCUCUCUGCCAGGUGCCAGGGACUGGAGGAACAGGAAGGGGACAGUGAGCCAGAGCCUCUUGAACAUUCCCGGGGGCGGAAGAGGAAGAAAUGAGGGAUGGGGAGGUUAGGGGGAGAGUCAGAGCUGGAGCAGGUCUUCUGGUGCUGCUGGGCAGCAGGAUGGGCUGUCUGGAGGGAGUAAGGAAGCAGCAGGCACUUCUCUAUUAAUCCAGCCUUUCCUUUGGCCCGUCCUAGUUUUAAUUUUUCUGCGAUUUCCUGAAGUAUUUGGUCAUCCAUUGAGUGAGCAGAGACGACUUGCUGCUUCCCACAAAAUACACAAAGCUCUUAUGAGACUGUCCUGCUAGGAGGGGAAGGUGGGAGGCCGAGAGGAAGGCCUGGCUGGCCAAAGCCUGGCUGGGCAGGGAGCAUCAAGCCUACUCCAGUUUGGGCACUAUUGGCUUCCUUGGAACAAGCCGCUUCCUCCCCUCUCUGUGAGCAGCCAGCGCUGGAGCACGGUGGGACCUCUGCUGUCUGCUGCCUGUGAUGUGAAACCAGCCUUGAGCUGGCGUGGGGAGGGAUCAUAUUGCUUCACAGAAGGACUGGGUGUGAUCGGGCCAAUGGGCCGCUAGUUCUUGUAUGUAUAUAUUUAUAUGGUGUUAAUUUUGAGCCCCCAAUGAAGGGCUGCAUAGGGCGAGCAAGCACUUACAUUUAUGGAGAUAAAGCUUUCACCAGCAUCAUAAUACAAUUGGCUUCAGGGUGCUCUUGCUUUUUCCCCUCUCUCUUUUCUGGGGGAGCAAUCUCUGGAGGUUGUGCUCUGAAGAGAGAGUUCUUCUCAGCUCAGCACUUCACUUUUACAUGGCAAAGAGUAGACAGUUGGUUUUCCUGCUCACCUUUCACAGCAUACAAUCAUGUAGCCCUUUGAGUGGAUGAACCGAGUGCCAGAGGCGUAUUGGAGAGCAUGGUUUUCUGCACGCCCUGUAGGAAAGUCCGGGGCGAAGGGAGCAGCAGACGCCUGCUCUGUGUAACUUUUUAAAUUAAUUUUCUAGUUAUUAAAAGUGGCUUGUUUCUAGCAGUGAUCCUGUAUAAAGAACACCUGUAAGAUACUGUUGUCUUGCUUUGGCACAUGUACAGUUUAUAUGAAAUCGUGUUUGCUUUAUAUUUUCCCCCUCUCAAACACUCAUUUUCUUCUCGGUAGCUGGAGUUACGCAGGGGGACUUGGUGGUGGGGGUCUCCCAGUCCCUCUCUAGCCAUGCUCUUAUCUCCUUUUAUAGUAAUAGCUUCCCUAACUCACCUCCCUCACCCUCCUUCAGCACAGCAAGGACCAUCUCACACCGACCAACCAGCAGGGAAGCCCGCUCUUGCUGGGAAGAGUAUGAAGCUGCUCUGUUGUGGCCCCAGCAGUGGGUUCUGCCACUCAAGAUACUGACUUUUCUCAAAGAAAAAGAUGUUUUUUUAAUCACUUCUCCCUCUCUGUUGUGACAGAUUUUGAUCAUACAAUCAGGGUUUGAACUUUUUAUUAUAUAGAUGCUUAAUUUGGAACAAAAGGAUAACAAGGCUGUUCCAUACCAAUUUUUUUAAAACAGAAAAUACAAAACCCAUGGUUGCAGCUCCGAUGAUUAAAGAAUAACAAAAUCAUCAGUUAAAUUGCAGCCUAGUUUCGUGGACUUUUUAAUUGUUUAACGAUUCCAGGCGUUUGUUUCAGUUCUGGACUGUUGGUGGCUGCAAAGACUAUGGCAGGUUUCCAGCCACUUCCCUCUUCUCUCCCCAGGCCCAACUCCCUGCCCCACGGAAUAGCACUGACGUUUGUAUUUCGCACGUCCCCUUCAGAGGCUUUGUUUUGUCCGUUAAUAUAGAACAUUUUCUGCAGGUCCUAUAUGGUGAAACCUUUGGAACUGUACAUUUUUUAAAAAUAAAUGUCAUUUGUGGGGGGUGGGGGUUUCUGCUAAGGGCUGUACUUGUAAUAAAUUGGAAAC